AUGCCCCCGUGUCCUCCCCAGCAGAGCAGGAACAGGGUGACACAGUUGCCCACUCUGGAGCUGGGUGAGAUGGAAUUGACUUGGCAAGAGAUCAUGUCCAUCACUGAGCUGCAGGGCCUAAACGCUCCAAGUGAGCCAUCCUUCGAGCCGCCAGCCCCAUACCCUGGGCCCCCGCCGCCUCCAAGUUACUGCCCCUGUUCAAUCCACCCGGAGGCUGGCUUUCCCCUUUCUUCACCACCUUAUGAGCUCCCAGCACCCACAUCUCAUGUCCCAGACCCCCCAUACGCCUAUGGCAACAUGACCGUACCAGCCUCCAAGCCGCUGACCCUCUCGGGCCUGCUCAGUGAGCCCCUCCCAGACCCCUUGGCCCUCCUGGACAUUGGGCUGUCAGCGGGGCCAUCCAAGCCCCAGGAAGACCCAGAAUCCGACUCAGGAUUAUCCCUCAACUACAGUGACGCUGAAUCUCUUGAGCUGGAGGGGACGGAGGCUGGUCGGCGUCGCAGCGAGUACGUAGAGAUGUACCCAGUGGAGUACCCCUACUCACUAAUGCCCAACUCCUUGGCCCACCCCAACUAUGCCUUGCCACCUGCCGAGACCCCCUUAGCCUUAGAGCCCUCCUCGGGCCCCGUGCGGGCCAAGCCCACUGCACGGGGGGAGGCGGGGAGUCGGGAUGAGCGUCGAGCCCUGGCCAUGAAGAUCCCCUUCCCUACGGACAAGAUCGUCAACUUGCCAGUAGAUGACUUCAACGAGCUGUUGGCACGGUACCCGCUGACGGAGAGCCAGCUGGCACUAGUCCGGGACAUCCGAAGGCGGGGCAAGAACAAGGUGGCCGCCCAGAACUGUCGCAAAAGAAAGCUGGAGACCAUCGUGCAGCUGGAGCGGGAACUGGAGCGGCUGGGCAGUGAGCGGGAGCGCCUCCUCCGGGCCCGAGGCGAGGCCGACCGGACCCUGGAGGUCAUGCGCCAACAGCUGACGGAGCUGUAUCGUGACAUUUUCCAGCACCUGCGGGAUGAGGCAGGCAACAGCUACUCCCCUGAAGAGUAUGCAUUGCACCAGGCUGCUGAUGGCGCCAUCUUCCUGGUGCCCCGGGGGACCAAGAUGGAGGCCACAGACUGA